GCGACCAUCGGGGGGCGUGGCCGAGCGCAUGUUACACAGAGAACUACUGCUGUUACUGGGUGAGUUCGAGUGGUUAGACUUGGAGGAGCAGAUGACCAGUGUGGAGCAGCACAGGGCGAGUGCGGGAACGUGGGCGGAGUGUGGGGCGCAGUCAUUGGAGCUGCUGCAGCUAGAUGAGCACGUCGCCCUCGAGGUGGAACACCAGGGCAGUGACCGCGUUCUCUACAAGUUACCGAUGAGCAGCGUAUUGCGGGAUGCUGAAGUAUGCGCGCGUUCCGCACUAUUGCCGCAUCUCGUACCGCACUUGAGCCACGUCGUGAUGUCGAGCUCGGGCCGGCUGCCAGCACAUGUUUGGGUGUUGCUGUCUCGAGCACUGGACCCAAGUCGACUUGAUGAGCUUGCAAAGAACGUCGACGAGACUACACUUUACGAACUGAUACUGUACAUGUUGAGCGAGGGUCGGAGCGACGUACGCCGUGGCGUGCGGCACUUGGUCAUGUCUGCGUUGCGUGCCGCACCCGCAUACUGUGACGUGCUGAGUAGCUCCGCUACACGGUACACGGGUGGCGGGCAAGAGCUGUUGUUGGAGAUGCUGGUAGAGGUGGUGCGCGAAGACAACGGUCUGAGCGAGAGACAUCUGCCCGGGCUGGUGGGGGCGCUGCUGCGAGCUGACAGGUCGGCGCCGGUUGUGCUGAGCGGCGCGGUGGCCGCACUCGGCGACAAGUUAACAUUGUACGACGCGGGGCAGCGGCGCCGCAUGGCGGGGGACGCGCUGCGGGCCGCACUCAAGCACACUUCGCCGGAGAAGCACCGCGCCUGCGUCACGCUGGCCGCCGCACUGCUGCGAGGACAGAGUGUCGCAGAUGUAGUGGACGAGGUCCUCACAGUGGAGGGCGAGGCGGCAGCGGCGGGUGCUCGCGCGCUGCUGCAGCAGCUGGGACUGGUGUGCGGCGUGCCAGAGGUUCACGCAUUGCUGCACCUGCGGGACGGAGCACUGUGUGACACGUUACUCACCCCGUUGGACUUGCGUCACGCUACACACGACGACCUCGACGCAUUGUUUCACUUUGUGGAGACAUUUGCCGAUCUGCUCAUGGAAAUUCGACAAAAGGAGACUAUACGUCUGCUAUGCAGGACCAUAGAGGGACUGAGUUGUGCGCAGCUGGCGAGCUUGGAGACGCGGCUAGCGGUGUGUGUGCGUGUCGCAGGGGCGGGCUGGCGUGACGUCACCGCUGAGCUGGCGAACGCGCUCCGCAGAUGGAGUGCUGCUGUACCGUUUGAUGCCAUCACGGAGAGUCUCGAGCGCGGCGAGGUGUCGAGCGAGCAAGUCCUCAUGUUGCGAGCCCUUCGGUCGCUCAGGGCAGCGUGGGACGAAGCUAAACAGAGCGGGGUGGAGUGUGACGAUGUGGUGCGGGCCGAGGUAGCGCACCGGUGGGCGUGGUCAUGUGUGCACGCGCACUCGAGCGGACACGAGCCCGCACCGAGUGUGCAUGAUGCGCUCUACGUGGCGUGCAGCGCACUCCAGGACGACGAGUUUGUCGACUUAGUUACACAGGCGGGUGUGGAGUUCUGUCGCGCACACUUGGAUGCGUGCGCCGCGCGACUGUGUGACGUCAGCGCCGCGCUCGUGCGGCGGCAGCCCGCGCUGUGCUGCCACCUGCUGCCAGACAUUGUCCACGUGGUGGGCGACAUCGACCCGGGUCACUCUGACGUCCGGAUCGUGCGACUCCUCGAUGCGGUGUGGUCGGAGUAUGAGCGGAACAGCUCGCUGGAGCAGCGAACGCGCGUGGUCCGAGCGUCACGGGGUGCGGGGGCUGCGGUGCUGUACAAUUGGCCGCUCACUACGCUGCAGGACGAGAGCGUCGCGCUGUGCGAGCGAGUGCGCCUGCUUCCACUCGUGCCCGCACUGACCGAACACGAGUCAUUGCGCCGAAGCGUGGCGAGGAGCGCAGCGCUGGCAGUUGGCAGCCGGCUGAGUGAGGCGCGUGGGGCCGCGGCCGCCACGUACUGCGCGCUGCUCGAAGCGCUCGUGGACCAACAUGUCCUCGAAGUUGUCACCACACUCGUCGAUGAAGAAUUAGAGCGGGGCUGGUGGGACUCGGCCUUGGAGUCUUCCUGUGUGGUUAUGGCGGAUGGACAGGGUGGGACGGAAGCUCUGCAACGUGUGUUCGCGAUAUGCUGGAGUGGACGCACUACUGCCGUUGUCGAGAGAAUGCUUCUCCCGAUGCUCAGGUGGGUCGUGCCGCGAUACAGUCCUCGCGCUCAGUGCUGUACGCGCGACUGGCUCGCGACGGGAGCGCGGCGCUAGCGAGCGGC